AUUGGAUUGAUUGUACAGGUGACAAAUGUAGUGAAAUAAGAAGUGAACCAUAAAAAUGGCAAACAUUUAAAAUAAAAUGUUAAAGGAGAUCGUCCAUGCGAUCCUCCCACCGAAUACAGAACGGACAUAUUCUGACACCGCCUGCAAAACAAGAUCAGAAUCCAAUGGAAAAAUUAUAGAAACAAAAAAUGAACGCAUACAAUCAAAUAAGACUGUGGACAAUGCUAAAGCAUACAAGGUUAAAAUAAAAUUAAAACAACCAAACAAACUUCCAAUGUUAACUGUGUGUCUCAUUUUUUAUGUUUGUUUUAUAAAUGUGAUAAUUAUGUGUGAUGUUAAUAUUAAUGAUGUAAAUAUGAAGACUUUUAAAGAAGCGAGGAAAGCACAUGACGUGCAUACGUUUAGAGAUAAAAAGUCAUGGAGAGGACAUAGAUUCGAAGAUAGAACGUGGCAUGGUAAGAACUACCGUAAGGGUAGGGCUUCACAAAGGGAAGAUGAAGAUGAUAAGGCAGAUAAAUACACGGUUCCUGAAGCCCCAGAACUCAAUAAGUAUUUAUACGACUACUAUAGAAAUAAAGAAGACAUAAUCAAUGCAACUGAAAAGCCACAGAAUUUUCCUGUAAGAAAAUAUAAAUAUGACGAUGAACUAGCGGUAGGAUAUCCCCAUGAUCUCGCAUCGAAACCUUACUACGUGAAAAAGACAAACUUUAACCUUAGACCAGAAAGGCAUGAAUUUCACAGAAAGAUUGUUAAAUUGGGUGUCCUACUACCAGCUGAUGUGGACCAAACAUUUUCUCUGGUGAAAGUUCUUCCCAUAUUGGAAAUGGCUGUUCAGGCGGUAACUAAGGCUGAUGGACCUUUACCAGGUUGGAAAAUCCUGGUAGAUUAUCGAGACACUGGCUGUUCGUCAGUUGAAGGACCUUUGGCUGCGUUCGAAUUCUAUGUCAACGGAUCUGCAGAUGCCUUCAUCGGUCCUGGGUGUGAGUACGUCAUUGCACCGGUGGCAAGAUACGCUGGCCAAUGGGGGAUACCAGUACUAACAGCAGGAGCUCAAGCUCAAGCAUUCACUUAUAAGAACCCCAGCUACGCCACCUUAACGAGAGUGAUGGGCAGCUACCUUCAAGCAGGAAUCGCCAUCCGCAAAAUAUUCGAGGAAUUCAACUGGCGCCGCCUGGCGAUGCUUUACCACAACAACGAUCCGUCCACCGGGCAAGGCAACAGCCCCUGUUUCUUAACACUCAGCGCCAUCUUCUCAGUCAUGACGAAGAAGGGAAACGAAAAUACCAUCCCGAAUAUACCAUUCGACGAAACCAACACCACCUCGACGAAGCUAAAACAGCUCUUGCAAAAAUUGUCUUUGAAUACUAGAAUUGUGGUGGUGUGCGCCAAUCCAAGUACAGUCAGGGAGAUAAUGCUGGCGGCUGAUGAUCUCAACAUGGUGUCUUCGGGGGAGUACGUGUUCUUCAACAUUGAGCUGUUUUCAAAUUUAGCAUCAGCAUCGUCCAAGGAGCCUUGGAAGGUGGCCAAUGACACGGACGAGCGGAAUGAAAGAGCAAGACGGGCGUAUAGCUCUGUUCUCACUGUCACCAGUCCUGCACCUGAGAAGAAGGAGUAUUUGGAGUUUUCUGAUCAGGUGAAACAGCUUGCAGCAACAAAAUACAACUACACGUUCGGCAAAGGGGAAGUGGUUUCGACCUUCGUGGCCGCGUUCUACGACGCUGUACUCCUGUACGCCCUUGCUCUGAACGACACUUUGCAGCAGGCUAACAGCACUUCGGGCCCUUUGGACGGCGCUGCGGUCAUAAAAAACAUGUGGAAUAGAACCUUUCAAGGUAUAACGGGCGAGGUGAUAAUCGACGGCAACGGCGAUCGCGUGGCGUCGUACUCCCUGCUGGAUAUGAACCCAGUGACGAGCAAGUUCGAGGUCGUCGCAACAUACGUGGCAGCAAAUUCUUCGUUACAAUUCAUACCGGACCGCCCUAUACAUUGGGCGGGCGGGCGGCUGAUGCCCCCACCGGAUACCCCCGAGUGUGGGUUCGACGGGUCACUCUGUCCGGAUAAUUCGCUUCCCGUGUACGCCAUAUUGAGUAUCGUCCUCAGCUCCGUGGUCGUCGUGCUGGCAAUAUUAUCAGUAUUUAUAUACAGCCUGAGAGCCAAAUCACACGAUGCGUUGCGGCGGCAGUGCGAUGUCGCUGCGUUGUCUUACAUAGAAAUAUGUAGCGGGCACACGAAGAUUGCGGUGCAACGCAUCGUGUGCUUGGCUCUCAUAUGGCUCAAUUAA